CAUUGCAGCGUGCGGGUUGUUACUCGUUUCCCGAACUCUCAAACUAGUGCAAGUGCUCCGCCGCUCACCUCGAGUUGCGAUCGCAGUUUAUUUAUCGUGUCGCGACGUGACUCAUUGUGUUGACAAAAGUUCUACCUCGUGUCUACCAAAUUCAGUGAAAAUCAAUCAAGGUUACCAGUUUUCCUCGAAUCGCUCUCCCGAGCGCAGCUGUGUACUUUCCACUAGUUUAACUUCUAACCCAGUCGAGUGAAGUUAGCUUUAGAUUAAAAAACCUCGUGGUGUUCCAGUGCCUGUUGCCUCGUGCUUGAACCGAGAAAAAAAAAUCUCGAUCCCAGUGGACUCGACAGUGUGUUAUGUAAUCCCAGUGGGUGAAAGAUCGACAAACAGGAAAGUACGAUUCUCGGAACUGCUUGGUUUUCCCAGCCAGUAAAAACCUGAACGCAUCGAUGGUGCGGAGCCUGGCGAUGGAGCCGACCUUCUAUGAGGACAUCUACGGCACGAAUCGUGACAACCUUGGACAUCUCAAGAGGAAUCUCACCCUGGAUUUAAACGGGCACAGACAGGGUCCACAGGCGAAGAGGCCAAGACUUGGUCCUCUGCCGUCGGCCCUGAAUAACAUGACACCGAUCCUGAGCUCCCCGGACCUCAACAUGCUUAAACUGGGCUCCCCGGAGCUGGAGAAACUUAUCAUCGCCCAGCAAGACGGCCUCGUGACGACGAUGCCGACGCCGACGACACAAAUCCUCUUCCCCAAGACUGUCACCGAGGCCCAGGAACUCUACGCCAGGGGCUUUGUCGACGCCUUGAACGAGCUCCAUCACUCUGACAGCUCGCAGGAACCCGGGAGCAUCCACGGGGCGACCUACACGACCUUGGAACCACCUGGCAGUGUCCAGAGCGUAGAGUCUUCCAUCAGCCAAGGACUCAUGCAUGUCAAAGAAGAACCACAAACUGUCCCAAGUGUCUCCAGUUCGCCGCCAAUGUCCCCCAUCGACAUGGAGAACCAGGAGAGGAUAAAGCUCGAGAGGAAGAGGCAGAGGAAUCGUGUUGCUGCCUCCAAGUGCAGAAAACGCAAACUCGAGAGGAUCUCCAGGUUGGAGGACAAGGUCAAACUCCUCAAGGGCGAAAACACCGAACUGAGUGCGAUGGUUCACAGGCUGAAGGAACACGUCUGUCGGCUCAAGGAACAGGUCAUGGACCAUGUGCAUUCCGGAUGUCAAAUUAUGCAGACCGUCACAGGCCAGUUUUGAAUGAUUUCAUCUCCUGGCGGAAACGAGCCGUCUCUAGAUUGUUUGGAGACCGACGAAGGCUGGAGGAGGGAAUCUGAGGCCCAAUCGUCGGAAUCGGAAAUGGUCCAACUGGAUGUCUUCGGGAUUGGAAGAUACUCUGGAGUGCCUUUCAGUGCUGUGCAAAAGGACUACGUGACUGUUUUGCAGCCGGCGUGGCCGUCGUGACGUCGCGUUGAAGGCCACCAGGUAAACGUGCAGGCGGCCAUUUUGGAGAACGGCCGAGUUCGCGCGGGAGAUUUGAAACUCGUGUGGUGCUGCGAACUUUGGAUACGUCCCGAUUCUUUCAGUAAUUGUCACAAAGAAUCAUUUUGCGCAUAAGUCCGAUUCAUCAUUUGUGCAUCUAGUCUUGUCCAGUAUGUUAGCUAACUUAUGAAAGUCAAGUGAUCAUACGAGGACCUGCUUAGAAUGGGAACCUUAAAAAUUUGGAGAAAAUAAGGUAGGAGUGCCAGUUCAUUUUUGCAGAGUUGUUUUACUUUUUCUAUAUUCUUUUUAUUCACGUUACUUAUUAAAUCGUGUGACUGGUUCUCCUAUCUUGUUAUUUUUAAUGCUAGUCUCUGUCAAAGAGCGAAUUGUUUUUCAUAUUCUAUUUAAGCAAAUUUUUGAGGUUCGAUUUUCAGGGUGGCCACUGAACCAGAAAAAAAACACGGGUAAAUCUUUUUAGAUGUCAUUUGCUAUUGCAUGCAAUUUUCAAUUUUUGAACAUUCAAAUCAACAAAAUUUUUAUUUCUAUUGAAAUUUUCCUAAAAUAAUGGUUUAUUUACAAAUAAAAUGAUGUAUUAUUGAAUAUAAUUCUAAACAUUUAUUUUCAUUUGUAUUGUACACAAAGGCGAAUUAUUUUCGUUCAUUUAAAUUUUCGGAAGUUUGGGUGCAAUAUAGGUGCUCUUGCAUUUUCAGAAUUCAAUUUUCAUUUGCUUAUGAAAUUAUGUGCACAAAAAUACCGUUGUACAAUAAGAUUGAUCUUGCAUUUUUAGAAGUCACUUCUUUUUUAUUAGUUAUCUAUGAAAUUAUUUUAAAAACUAAUGAAAAUAUGUAACUAAAAAUUGUAGGAAAUCGUUAUUGCUGCCAACCGACAAUUUGUACGAUUUGAAAUUACACAAAUUAAAACACUUCUAAUUUAAUAUUCCAUUUGAAACAUUUUCCAGUUUAAAAUUGUGUCUUUUCUAAAAAUUCUAAUUUGAGUCAAAAAUUAUCAACUGGUAGCUAAACACCUGUCUAAUUUUUUUAAUACAUAGUUUUUCACGUGAAAAUUCCUAGGUUUAAUUUUAAGCAUGUUCUGAGUUUGAAACAAAACUGCUUUUUAUUUUCAUUUCUGUUUCAUUUAGGUAAUUUUUUUCACGUGUCAAGGAGUGUACUAAAAAAUUGACAAAAAUGAUCUUUAAAAAGAGUUGAGUUUAAGAGUGCCUUACUUUAAAAGAUUGUAUGUUUUGUUUGCUUCAGAUUACGAUUUGAAGUGGUUUAUUUUAAUAGUUUUUUUGAUUUUUGCAAUUCUGAAGAUUUUCAUUUUUAAUAAAAUUGUACAAUAUUCAAUACUGGCAAUUUUAUACUAUAAUUUUGUAGUGCUGAAAACUUAGAGUUGUUUAAUUUUCGUAGUUUUGAAUUUAUAAUGGUUUAAGUUUGAAGAACUUUACAGUUCCAUUUAAGGGACUGCUCCUUUAAAAGAACCUAAUCAUUUAAUCAAAAAUAACUUCAAAAUCAUUUUAAGUUACAAAAAAAACAUCAGUUUCUUUAUAAGAAAAAAAUGAUUUCCUUGAAUCAAAAUACAUUUAUUCAAAUGAAAAUACAUUUCUUUCAAUCAAAGAAUCUUUUUUCUGAGUGUUGAAUGCUUAUUUUGAUACUCUUUGAAUUUGCAAUUCCCAGAUUUUUUAUUUUAAAUAAAAAUGUACAAUAUUUAUUGCUACACUCGGAAAGAAAAUUUUCUUGAACAAAACAACUGUUUUUUUUUUUAUAGAAAAAUUCGGUUGAAUCAAACAAAGUUAGUUUGUUCAACCAAAUAUUUUGAUGUUUAUAUGAUAACCAUAUAUGAACCAGCAAAAAUUUUGUUGAUUCAAUAAAAUCAUUUUCUGAGUACUAAUUUGAUAUUACAAAAUUCUAAGCACUCAAAACUUAACCUUGGUCAAUUUUCAUAGUUAUAAAUUUGAAAGUGUUUCAGUUUGAAGUACUUAAAAUAAAUGUUCUAUUUUGAUACUUUUGACAUUGAAAUUAUACAAUUUUCAACUGUUUUUCAUUAGUAAAUUAUUUUCUUUUCAAGGUGACAUAAAAAUUGUACAAUCCGAAAUGUUUUUUAUUUUGAAGUACAGCAUAUUUUUAAAGGCCUUGAAAUAUUGCUAUUUUUGAUUGAAAAGAUGUUUCAAAAAACUGAUGAAUGGCCUAGAUUUUUUUUCGUGAUUCGAGUGGCCAUCGUGAUUUUAGCCCAGGUAAAAAAAAGUCAUUAUAGUUGAUAAUGUUAAAAUAGUAGAUAGGCGUCUUAUCGAUAAAUAAAUCGCAAAAAGAAAUCGAUGGAUGCCUAAUCUCAAUAUAAUUUCUUCACCUGGGACCGUUAAGAUUCAUGAUCCUCGAGCAAGAAUCUGAAAAACUUAAAAACAAAUAUAUAAUCACCUCUGAUUAUAUUGAAGUUUGUCGGGUUUUGAAUCUCAGAGUUCCUGUUUGAAGAUCAUUUGUUAAUCCGUUCAAGUCUUAAUUUGUUAAUUGCAAACGAUGGUACGUGUUUCUGAUCUAAGCGAAUUUAUAUUUUUGACUUUGUGCAAUUUUUGUUAAAGCUGAUAGAUGAGAGAUUCGCGAUGGUUUUUCCAGGUCGAUUUCUCAAUGAUGAAAACAUUCGUUGAUUCUAAAUGCGUACCAGACGGAAAUACGCGUUCGCGAAUCAGCCAUAUGUAAGUCGGUGAGCUUAGGCGGAUCUAGUGAAGAGUUUCUUAAUGGAAUUAAGAAAAAAAAAAUUAUAUAUUUUUUUUGAAAGGAAAAAUGAGAAUGUAAAAAAUGCAAUUGAUUUCGGCAUUUCAUGAGCGUUAUCGCAAGCAAGCCGACGUGAUAAGAGAAUUAAGGACGCUUGCGUGCGACGGUUGACGAUUAGAAUCUGUUAUCUGUCACUACGUGGAAUUUAAUCUCGCGUUAAUUUUCAACAUCAGUUACUGGGAACUCUAUCGGUGAUCGCGAGCGUUCUUGACGUACAGCAGGGAACGUUAAUGUCCGUUUUCUUGUUGAAUGCAUUAUGCUUUUCUGUAGUUGCAAGCCAAAGAGGAAGGGUAUUAUGAUUGUUUUGUAAUUGUUUAAAUCAUCUUUUAUGAUAAAGCCAGGCAUGAAGGAAGGUCUUAGUGUUUUCUGCUGUCGUUCAACUCAAAAUUGAAUUGUGCUCUCUUGGCGAACGAAAAAAAAGACGCGAUUCUGCAAAAAAAAAAAAAA